CCUGUCAAGUAAAGAACGCGUAUAUGCAAGUGUCCGAAAUAAAAAUACGAGUAAGUGCGACAAAUCUAGAAAUUCGUGCGUGAAUAGUGCAUCUAAACACCACUGUGCGUGCCUUGUACAGUAUCCACUAUAACUUAGGGGAAAAUAACAGUAAUUAGUGCUAAAAAACAGUGAAUUGCGAAACUUUUUGUGUAUAAACAUAUAACUACAUACAGCAGAAAACGAGUCUCGCAACUGAUUCUAACGUCAAAGUCAAAACACCACUUCCGACGUCUGACGUUUGACAUUCAGUGUUGUUACUAGCAAAAAACCGAACACACCAACGAGUGUUGCCAGAGCCAAGAGAAAGCUACCAAAUAGUAGAAAUAAAAACAAAUAAUAGAGUCUUGGGAAAAAUGGAUUCACAAAUCACCCUCUCAAAGCUAGAAGAACUAUUCGCAAGACAAACAACGCUAAUCACCAAAAAUGUCACCGAAGACGUCACAGAAAAAGUAACCAAAAACCUCUCUGCCAAUAUAGAUGGAAAACUUAAACCACUUAUAGAAGAAAAUAUGAAACUAAGAAAAGAGGUUACAGUUCUUACAACAAAAUUGCAAAAAAUGGAAAGGGAAAUAAGGAACAAUAAUAUCAUACUGUACGGAGUUAAAGAAACGGAAAAUAAUUCUAACGAGCUUCUAGGCCUGAUCAUACAAACCCUGAACGCAGCCUGCGAAAAAACCGACUUAGAGAAAUGGGACAAAUGGGAAAUUAAUAACUUUUACAGAUUGGGAAAACCGAUCGAAAACAAAACAAGGCCAAUCCUGAUCACAGUUACUCUCGCAUGGCGCAAAGCAGAAAUGCUUAAGAACAAAAAGUAUCUACCGGAGAAUGUUUAUAUUAAUGAAGACUUUCCAAAGGAAAUACUUAAAAAAAGGCAAGAACUAAAGAAACAACAACAAGAAGAAAUCAAUAAAGGAAAACUGGCUUACAUUCGGUACGACAAAUUAAUUAUAAAAGAAAAACCUUCAGAAAAGAGAAAACGAUCGCCGACAAAUUCACCUAAAACAACAGAACAUCCAGACGAGCAAAUAACCCCUGCACCACCAAUUAAGAUAAAUAAAAUUAAUAAACUAGAACAGGUGCACCGCGCCAGAUCAAGUUCACUUUCAUCAAAUGGGCCAAGUAAACAAUAGCAACUACCGAAACAACAGGACCGGAAGACAAACGACACAAGCAAUAAAACGGAAAUAACGAUUUUAACAGAAUUAAACCCCCCCCCAAGCCGGCCGGUCACCGUGGGGGAAGACGACCAACACCCUCCAACAAAUC